AUGCCAACCCUCCCCGCCUUUGACUUGUCUUCUGCUGCGAAGCUAUCUCUCCGCUACGGACGGUAUUGUCAGGCUCUUUUCAGGAGCAAGUUGACGCUCGAAUCUUCGCCGCCUGAGCAUCCUGAUCUCGACCUACACCUUCGAGUUGAGGCCCACCAACUGGUAACUGUAGCAGAAGUAGCCUACGACCAUCAAUUCACUCUUCAAUGGAAGUUCGAAGAUCUCGCAUCGAAUGUCGUCCGAGCACAGAUGAGCAACGAAGAUCCACGCGAAGCCAGUCUUCUCGCACGUUUUCCGCCCAUUUGGUCAGCUAACCCAGACGGGUUGCUUCCUCUUCGCACUUCCCCCCUCGUAUGCCUGGACAAGAAGGGUAUUAUUGGCUGGUGGUAUAUGCCUGGGUGCAUCACCGAAAGCAGGCAAGCUACAAUCUACAAUGCUGUUAAAGCUCUCAGCAAACGACGUUCAACCCCCCUUCGACAAGACUCCCAAGGGAAUUGGCGAUCUCACCCUAGACACUUCUCUUGCGGCCAAGAACUCAAAUCUGGCGUUGCCACUUUUGCUUCCUGUUGGUUCCAGCAAGCCCACGAUGGCCCGCUUGACCUUCCAGCGCCUUCGGCCUCGUUGAAGAGCCCAAACAGCCAGCAAUUCAUUAGAGAUAUGAUGGAGAGCUUUGCUGUCCUUGGCGGUGUUAUUGCUAUCACUCAGCCUUGGCUAUUUGACACUGGGCUGGAGGUCCUGGAAUCUCUGCACCGCCGGAACGUUAACAUGAAUGACAUAGACAUGUUGGACGCCGUUCUAGACUUUUGGUCCAACCCCUUCACUGCCUUCUCCGUUAUCACCAACCGGGAAUCAACCAUUCACCGUGAUAUCUCAAGUCCUACUUGGGCGUUCGAUCUCAUAUACACUGGAGGUACCUAUCGUGAUGGACGUCUCGAGAGUCCAACCCUUGGCGGGCGCUUUCUUUACGAUCCUGGUACAGUGAUUGUAGGGCUUGGCAGUCUCAUCCGACACGGUGUAGCGCCCGUCGAAGGUGAUCGCUUGUGCAUCGUCUCGUAUUUCCGAGAAUCGAUGCUUGACCGAGCAUCACACUACCGCGGCGCCAAGCCACCUACUGCGACCCAACUUCGUGACUUCUACUUUGAUACCCUGAUGUAG